AUGGACAAUGGCAGCGCCCCUGAUGCUCCCAAUCAGACCACUGCAUCGCUCACUGCUAACUGGACAUAUGCACCCAUUGUCACCAUCUGCACCGGCACCGCUACGGUCCUGCUCAACGGAUUGGUUCUGAUUGUCUUACUGCGGCGGGAAAAUGCCGCGGUGCCCUUUACGGUGUACCUAAUUAACCUGAUGCUGGCCAAUAUUCUCUUUGUUAUUCUGGGAAAUCCGCUGGAUAUUGUCAACAGUGUGUACAGCACAUGGUAUCUGGGAUGGGCAGUGUGUACGCUGUAUCUGUAUGCUUAUUAUGUCGUGGCGUGCGCGGUGGUUUCGGCGCAGGCUCUGAUCACCAUCAACCGACUAUGGGCGACAUCCUUCCCGGUGCAUUAUCGCAUCCACCACAGUCGCCGCGGCGCCGUCCUCAUCUGUCUUUCCAUGUGGCUGUAUGUCCACAUCUGUCUGGGUGCCGGCGUCCUCCUGGACGCCGUCUCCUACCGCCUGCCGGUGGAGACCAACGGCUGCGCCAUCAACAUCCAAGCUCCACCCCUCCGUUCCUGGGGUCUCAUCACCCAGUGGACAAACUUCAAUAUUCCCAUUUUACUGGGCGCUGUGGCGUACUUUUACAUUUACACCAAGGUGAAGAAACGCUGGGCCAUCCGCCGAUUGACGAUGAAACUGGUGGCGCCGGCCCCUGGAAAGGUCACGCCGGUGUUGACCCUCUCCAAUCCACCCAGUGAUUCCGCCGUCCGCGAAUCCCUGGCAUCGCGAAAACGCUCGCAGUCCUUCUUCAUCCUGACACUAGUAACGUGGACUAAUUUUGUCACGUUGGUCCCGUCGCAGGCGUACUUCACGGCGGUGUACUAUGCGGAUCCCAUGACGCCGGCCAUGGAUACGCUGUUGCGUGUUAGUAGUAUUAUGUUGUCGCUACAAGCGGCACUUAAUCCGGUAUUGUUCGCCAUAUCGAUGGAUAAUGUGAAACGCUUUCUCCGGGAUCUGUUGAGAGAUUAUUGCGGAUGUUGCUAUUGAAUUUGUCGAUUGAUUUGGGUUAUGUUGGGUGUGGCCGCGAGCAAACUAUUAAUGAAACAGGGAUAAAUGUUUCUUUUUAUGGUCAUGCAAAACGGUUUCUUGAUCGGCUAAUUUCACGUUACGUACAGGCGAUGCUUAGCCUGAUGUGAAUUUUAGCACCAGGAAAA